AUGUCGGCGCCGUCGAGAUUGGCGCCAAGAGUGUGCCGUUUUUGCCGCACCUCGCCCACGUCCUGGCGAGCCCUCUCCUCCUCCUCCUCCGCCUCGGCAGCAAAAACGACAACGACGACGACGACGACGACGUUGCCGCCCACCAACCGCACCCCAAAGCCCGAUUGGCCACAACGUCAACCACGCGGUGAAUACUACGACAUUCUUUUGCGCGAUCCCACCCCUUACGAUACUACCACCACCACCACCACAACCACCACAGCCAAAGCCUCGAAGCCUCUUGGCUCUUCCUCUGCCCCGUCACCGCCGUCGUCGCCGCCGCCGGCCAAGACGUACGACACCAUUUCCUCGCGCACCGCCUACUCCAACUCCAACGACACCGAUACCGCCACCACAGCCGCCGAGCGCGCCCGCGUCAUAUUCGGCUCGCGCCUGCUAGGCCCCGCCGAGCGCGCCGACCGCGCUGCCGGGCGCGCGGCGCAGUCCACGACGAUUGCAGGCGUGCGCGUGCCCCCGCGGCCCGAGGAGCCGGAUAAUUGCUGCAUGAGCGGAUGCGUCAACUGCGUGUGGGACCUCUACCGCGAGGACAUGGAGGAGUGGACGCUGGCGUCCAGCGAGGCCAGGAGGCGCCUCGCGGAGAGCGCGGCGGCGACGGCGGCUGCGACAGCGGCAGCGGCAGCGAAUGCGAGUGGUGCGGCCGGUGCGGCCGGUGCGGGUUUGGGCGGCGGGGGAGGAGGAUCUGAGAAGAAUCGGGCGACGGGCGCGGUGGGAGAUGCCACGAUUGCAAAGGACAUGUGGACGGAUGAUGUUUUCCAAAACGUUCCGGUGGGGAUCCGCGAGUUUAUGAAGCAGGAAAAGAGGCUCAAGGAGAAGCACCGGCGUGAAGGGACAGCCGGAGGGUAA